GAUUAACAAAUUCGCGUUGUAGAAGAAGAAAAAUCUUGGUGACUUCAGUACCGCAUCUGGCAUGUUCUGGACAACUCAAUCCAACUCGCUAGGGCGUCAGGGGGAGAACGGCAAGCGGGAGGGACUAACUGUCGUUACUGUUUGGAGUUUGGUUUACCGGUUAGUGUUUUGUCAAUAUUUUGGUGUGCCUGUUCCUGGAGGCGAAAUCCGCUGGACCAUGUCGGCCUUCGAGAAGCCUCAGAUCAUCGCUCAUAUCCAGAAGGGCCUCAACUACACGGUGUUUGACUGCAAGUGGGUGCCCUGCAGCGCCAAAUUUGUGACCAUGGGCAACUUCGCACGGGGCACUGGCGUCAUUCAACUGUACGAGAUCCAGCACGGUGACCUAAAGCUGCUUCGGGAGAUUGAAAAGGCCAAACCCAUUAAAUGUGGAACAUUUGGUGCAGCGUCUUUACAGCAGAGAAAUUUAGCUACUGGAGAUUUUGCUGGAAACCUACAUAUAUGGAAUUUGGAAGCUCCAGAUAUCCCAGUAUAUUCUGUAAAGGGCCACAAAGAAAUUAUAAAUACUAUAGAUGGUGUAGGUGGACUAGGAAUCGGGGAAGGAGCACCUGAAAUUGUGACUGGCAGCCGAGAUGGAACUGUGAAGGUGUGGGACCCAAGACAAAAAGAUGAUCCUGUUGCUAAUAUGGAACCUGUACAAGGAGAAAACAAGAGAGACUGUUGGACUGUGGCAUUUGGCAAUGCUUAUAAUCAAGAGGAACGUGUUGUUUGUGCUGGCUACGACAAUGGGGAUAUCAAACUGUUUGAUCUCAGAAAUAUGUCAUUGCGGUGGGAGACGAACAUAAAAAAUGGGGUAUGUAGCUUGGAGUUUGACAGAAAGGACAUAAGUAUGAAUAAGUUAGUAGCUACAUCUCUGGAAGGGAAGUUUCACGUUUUUGACAUGAGAACACAGCAUCCCACCAAAGGUUUUGCCUCUGUUUCAGAAAAGGCUCACAAAUCUACAGUGUGGCAGGUCCGACACCUGCCGCAGAACAGAGAGCUCUUUCUGACAGCUGGGGGUGCCGGCAGCCUGCACUUCUGGAAGUACGAAUAUCCUAUUCAGCGGUCAAAGAAAGAUUCUGAGGGAGUAGAGAUGGGAGUAGCAGGUUCUGUCAGCCUUCUCCAGAACGUCACCUUGUCAACGCAGCCCAUUUCCAGUUUGGACUGGAGUCCAGAUAAAAGGGGUCUCUGCAUCUGUAGUUCAUUUGAUCAAAUGGUGAGAGUACUGAUUGUUACAAAACUCCAUAAAAUUUGAUCUGAAGACUGAACUUGAAACCUUCCAGAGGAGCACUUGUAGAAUUCAGAGUGCGCUCUGGGACUCUCUGACUGUCUUGGAACAAAGGGGGAUUUGACUGAUGAAAAAGUCCCCUGAAGAAACCUCUGGGCUGGCCUGUCUCCAGGUGUAUGAUGUCGAGCGGUUGUUCUGGGACCAGCCUGGCCACUGCUUGCUGCUGCCCACAGGCCACCGCUCUCUCCAGAGCCAGCUCUGUUCCUUCCCCUCCAGGUCUAAGAAAGAGUAAAUACUUGUAUGUAUUUAAGCAUAUUUUGAAUUUGUUCUGCAUCCCUAAGACUACUUAUUUUAUCAUAACACUUGUGUUUUAGUGUUCACAGUAUUGUGGUAGGGAUCACUUAAUUUGGUUUAAAAUAAUUUGCUUUGGUAAACUACUGUGAACUAAGCUUUGUAAACACACUUUGAGAGAUUUCAUUGUCUGUAAGUUUCUGUAAAGAAUAUUACUUUAUAAAACUACCAAAGUAGCACAGUCAGACUAGAUUUGGGUAAGUGUUUCCAGCAGUAUAACUCAUACAGUAAAUACUUGAUUUACAAAGACCUCUUUUUUUACUCAAAAAAAAAGGAGUUGAAUCAGUGAGACUUUGGGUUGUUGAUGGUAGUGAUGUUGAGAUGCACACAAGAUUGUGAGGGUUUUGUAGCCUUAUUUUUUGUCAAACCUUUUUAUAUAUUUUAUGAAUAAAUUUCUGUUCUAGCAAUCUA